AUGCUCCCUCUGAGAUGUGGAAGGAGAGGCUUCUUGGGUCCCGGGACUGGACACCUUACUUCCCAUCAAAGAAUUCACACAGGGGAGAAGCCAUACAAGUGCCUUGAGUGUGGAAAAGGCUUCAGUCAGAGUGUAAACCUUACUUCCCAUCAAAGAAUUCAUACAGGUCAAAAACCAUAUAAAUGCCUGGUGUGUGGAAAAGAUUUCCGUCAGAGUGACCAGCUUACUUCCCAUCAAAGAAUUCACACAGGGGAGAAACCAUACAAAUGCCUGUUGUGUGGAAAAGAUUUCAGUCAUAGCACAGGACUUUCUUCACAUCAGAGAAUUCACACAGGGGAGAAACCAUACAAAUGCCUCCAGUGUGGACAAGGCUUCAGUAAGAGUGGAAUCCUUAUUUCCCAUCAAAGAAUUCACACAGGAGAGAAACCAUAUAAAUGCCUGGAAUGUGGAAAAGACUUCCGUCAGAGAGUACACCUUACUUCCCAUCAACUAAUUCACACAGGGGAGAAGCCAUACGAAUGCGUGGAGUAUGGCCUGGUGUGUGGAAAAGACUUCAGUCGUAGCGCAAGUCUUACUUUACAUCAGAGAAUUCACACAGGAGAGAAACCAUACAAAUGCCUGGAAUGUGGAAAAAGAUUCUAUGAAAGUGGAAAGCUUACUUCCCAUCAAAGAAUUCACACAGGAGAUAAACCAUACAAAUGCCUAGAAUGUGGGAAAAGCUUCGGUCAGAGUGGAAGCCUUAUUACCCACCAAAGAAUUCACUCAGGAGAGAAACCAUACAAAUGCCUGGUCUGUGGAAAAGACUUUGUUCAGAUUGGAAACCUUACCACCCACCGAAGAAUACACACAGGAGAGAAGCCGUACAAAUGCAUGGAGUGUGGAAAAGCCUUUGGUCACAGCAGAAGUCUUACUGCACAUCGGAGGAUUCACACAGGGGAGAAACCAUAGAAAUGCCUCUAGUGAGGAAAAGCCUUCAGUAAGAGUGAAAGCCUUAUAUCCUAUCAAAGAAUUCACAUAGGGCAGAAACCAUAAAAAUGCCUGGUAUGUGGAAAAAACCUCAGGCCGUUUCCGCACGGAGGCGGAAGCAGCUUGGUUGGUGUACUUGACGCCGACGAUGCUGGGACCGUUCGCAUGAACGGUCCCAGAAAGAGCCGGGAUGACGGUGCCGCAGAGCGCUGUCGCCCGGCCGA